ACUUACACACUCAGCAUCUUGUCACUGAUGACAAAGGCUCCUCCCGGGAGAAGCGGUGCGCGUGACCACGCUCCGUGCUCGCGUGACGCUGCAGACCGAUUCAAGGUGAUAGCGACGGGAUGCGCGUGGCGCUCUGCAGCAGCUCGCGCUGAUUGUUGCUACCGGACACCAUGAGCUGUAAUUGGGGCACCGAGCUGUGGGACCAGUUUGAUAACCUGGAGAAACACACCAGUUGGGGAAUUGACUUCCUGGAAAGAUACAGCAAGUUUGUUAGAGAGAGGGCCGACAUUGAGCUGAGUUACGCCAAACAGAUCAGGAGUCUGUCUAAGAAGUAUCAUCCCAAAAGAAGCAGAGAGGAUGAGAGCAGGUACACCUGGUGUUUAGCCUUUUCGGCAACUCUCCGUCAGCUGAAUGAACUUGCGACUCAGAGAGAAGAACUUGCUGAGAACCUCAACACACAGAUUGUGUGUGAGUUGACGCGAUACACACAGGAAGUAAAAGCUGAUAGGAAGACGCAUUUCCAAGAUGGCCGCCGAGCACAGCAGCACAUUGAGAGCUCCUGGAAACAGCUGGAGUCUAGUAAACGUCGGUUUGAGCGUGACUGUAAGGAGGCGGAGCGAACGCAGCAAGUCUCUGACAGAAUUGACCUCGACAACAAGACGGACGGAGAGAAGCGCUGCUCGCUGAAGGCUCGGCAGGCGGCUGAACAGAAGAAACAAGCUGCUGAAGAGUCAAGGAAAGACUAUCUGACUAGUUUAAACCAGUUUAACCAGGACCAGAACCAGCACUACCACACCCUGGUACCAGUUAUAUACCAGCGUAUCCAAGACAUGGAGGAGCGCCGCAUUGAGAGAAUUUGUGAUGCAAUGCGUUCAUCAGCUGAGGCUGAGAGGAAGGUUCUUCCUGUUAUGAGUCGCUGUCUGGACGUCAUGAUGGAUGCUGCAGAGGGAAUCCAGCCACGGAUGGACACCCAGCAGGUGGUGGAGGUGUAUAAAUCAGGCUUCGACCCUCCAGGUGACGUAGAGUUUGAUGACUACAGUGCCUCCAUGAGAAGGAGCAUCUCUGAAUCUAGUUACCUAGACAACCGGAUGGAGGGCCGGAGACACAGCCGAAAGCUUUGGCCCUUCAUACGAAAGAACAAGCUGUUGACCCUCCUCUCCUCCCCCCGGCAGCCCCCUCCACCCCCCCCAACCUCACCGUCACCUGGGGGAGUGGCCAACAGUCCCCAGUCCCCUCCCCCUGCCUCCCGAGAACCAAUCACACAGCGACUGAACGACCUCAUGACCUCUGGCUCCAGAACAAGGAAGCAGUGUCUGCGCAGCCUCAAGCGAGGGCUGUCACUUAAACUGGGCUCCGCUCCACCAGACUGCAGUCAUCUUCCUCCUGAGCAGAGAAGGAAGAAACUUCAGAGCAGAAUCAACAACAUCAACCAGGAGAUGGAAAAAGAGAGGGAGCAGAGAGACGCUUUGUUGAAAAUGAGAGAAGUUUAUGAACGAAAUCCUCAAAUGGGCGACGUCGUCAGUUUAGAGCCUCGACUGGAGGAGGUGAAAGAGACCCUGCAGAGACUGGAGGAGGAGCUUAGGAAGAACCAGACUUGGCUCUCUGAAACCGACACCAGAUCCUCAGAUCAAAGCAGUAGGAGACAAAGUGGAGGUUGUGGGUUAAAUUCCCAGGUUACCACACCAGGCAGCAGCAGCUUGAAACAGCUGGACAACCAGAGUCCCGCCAGCAGAGAGAGUCCUGACGGCAGCUACACUGAAGACCACAGUGCAGAACAUCAGUUUAAAUCUCGUGGUUCAGAGUUUGGUGAUGACUUUGAAGACGAAGAGCCGUUACCCAGCAUUGGCACCUGCAAGUCCCUUUACCCGUUCUUAGGACAAAAUGAAGGGACUCUGUCGAUGGUGGAAGGAGAACUACUUUCUGUGGUGGAAGAGGAUAAAGGCGAUGGCUGGACCAGAGUACGGAGGAACUUGGAGGAGGAGGGAUACGUCCCCACCUCGUACAUCAAAGUCUUCCUGGAUAGCAGUGCCAAAGGCUUUGUGCAGAGUAGUCGGCUAGUCUAGUAAUCCACCAGUGAGGACGUCUCGCCACAGGAAAGGGAUGUAAAGGAAAGGUAACAGCUCCUCAUUGGACAGUGUAUUUCUUCAGGUAUCUUGGCCAAUCAGAUGACAGACUGGUGUCGAUGCAAGAUGGAAGACAGGUUGUACGGGCGACUGAGAAAUGAAGCAUUGAAUGAGAGAUAAGGGAUCAGAGAUCAAAUAUUAGACAGGUCACUUUCCCAGGAGCUCCGAUCAAUAAACCCUAUAUUUAUUGAAGAUUCACAUUAUCACAUUUUCGUCAUUUUCUGAAAAAGUCGGGUUUUCCUCUUUAUUUGUUGAAAUGUGAAGAAAUACACAUGAAGGUUUUCAUGAUAUUAAUAAAUGAAAUGGGUAUUAAAAGGAAUUCUAAUCUUCUGAUUAAAUUAAUUUCUUUCUAAAAACAAAAAUUCACUUUUCAGCCCAAAAUGACGUGUUUGUUUUUUGUGCUUGAAACUUGUUCUGUUCAGUUGAACCUGCUGUAUUUGAACGUUUUAAAAUGAAUGUUUGUAAUAAUGUGUCGUUGUAAAGAAAAUGCUUGACGACACUUUUGAUUGGCUGAAAAAAAACAGUGUACAUGUCUGUCAGUGAUGACACAGACAUGUCAUAGUGAUGUCAUAGUGAACAUUGUGUAAAUAGAAACUCUAGAUGCAUUGGUGUAGCCCCGCCCCUUGUGUACUGCUGAUAUUAGGCCCCGCCUGCAGAUUACCCAGUGUCUAUUUAUCCCCCCCGUGAUUGACCCCCCCCCCUGCUUGCUGUUGAUGAUGAAGAUGCUAUUGAUUGUUUGAAAUGUGAACUUUUUUUGUUCCAUAGUGAAAUAUAGAUCAGUUAUUGACUUUUUAAAUUAAGACGUGAGACUGCCGAUCACGCACUUUUCAACUUCCUGUGUGUUAACUUUCAAAAUAAACCAAACUCAAAAAAGCA